GGGCCACUGUCUGCAGCAGUUCAUUGUGUGUGGCAGCAGGCGGGCACGUCGCCUCAGUCGGUUUUUAUAUAGACAGACAGAGAGUAGCAGAGCGCGCGAGAGUGCGCGCGGCAGAAAAAAGCGAGUAUGUGCACGACAUGCAGGCGUGAUGCAUAGAGUCAGAUACACAGAGCAAAGCGGCAUUUGCAGUUUUAUUCGUGAGGCAGUGUCACGCGGAAUUCAAAAGAGGAGCAAAAAUGACCAUUAACUAAACUUAAUAUAUAUUUACAAAAGUUGACGCAUUCUCUCCGAACCUGGCAUCUCGAUAUUUAACGAAAGCAUCAGUUUUUUUCUUCUUUUCAUCAAUAAAAGAAAAGCGAGGAAUUAACAGCCUGCCGACGAAAUCGUGGGAGCGUGCCCCGGCCAAUUAAAGGCAGGCACCGUACCCCAGCGCGACGAGAAGAGUGGCCGCGUUUCGUGGGAGUCAUUUAAUCAUCAUUUUCUACUUGCUCUCUCGUGACUGGUGUGCUGCGAGAACGAGAUGCCAUCAGUGAUGGAGCGUUCCAGUUCGGGAAUCCUGUCUCGGAGUAGAGCCAAGCAUUCCAGCAAUGGUCACAGCCAGCAUUCUGAGGAGGAGAGCAGUGAAGAUGAGCAUUCUCAUGACAGCAUGAUCAGAGUUGGGGGUGAUUAUCAAGCAGCAAUCCCAGAAUGUAAACCAGAGAGCCCUGCUCGAUUCAGCGACAAGGAGCCUAAAGGAAUGCUUGUAUGGUCUCCCAACAACAUUGUUUCAGAUGCUAAAUUGGAUGAAUAUAUCCUGAUGGCGAAGGAGAAACAUGGGUACAAUAUGGAGCAGGCACUUGGGAUGCUCUUGUGGCACAAACAUGAUGUGGAGAAAUCUCUGGCUGACUUACCCAACUUCACCCCCUUCCCAGAUGAGUGGACAGUGGAGGACAAGGUCUUGUUUGAGCAAGCUUUCAGCUUCCAUGGCAAAUGUUUCCAGAGGAUCCAGCAGAUGCUACCUGACAAGAUGAUGCCAAGUUUGGUGAAGUAUUACUAUUCUUGGAAGAAGACUCGAUCCCGUACAAGUGUUAUGGAUCGGCAGGCUCGCAAGCUAAUCAGCAAGAAGGAAAAGGAAGACAGCAGUGACGAGAUGAAGGAUACCAAUGUGGCCAGUGACAGCGAUUUUGAAUCGGAGACCAAAAAAGAGAUUAGUCUCCAGAAGCAGCCUAAUAUUGCAUGCAAAACUGGUCCUAUCAGGAAGGAGCCACAGAACUCUCAAUAUCGGCACCACCCUCUUCGCUCUCGUCGGCGCCCACCAAAGGGCAUGUAUCUGAGUCAGAAGGAUAUCGCAGCUCUUUCUGCCAACCCAGACAUUGCAACUUUAACAUUAAGGCAGCUGGACUCACAGCUUAUAUCCCUGAAAAGACAGGUGCAGCACAUCAAACAGAUCAACAGCAGCCUGAAACUCAACCUGGAACAAGGAAUAGAGAAGCUGCGGCCCUUGGAGGGAAACCCCAAGUUGAACUCUCGGUGGACCACAGAUGAACAACUUCUUGCAGUGCAGGCAAUUCGAAAGUAUGGGAAAGAUUUUGCAGCAAUUGCAGAGGUGAUUGGUAACAAGACAGUGGCACAAGUUAAAUCGUUCUUCGUCAGCUACAGACGGCGCUUCAAUCUGGAGGAAGUGCUGCGUGAAUGGCAGGCAGAGCAGGAAGUUCAGGGUAAUACUGCAAAUUUGUCUUCCCUGGAUGACAACAAGAGCUCAGGAGCAGGUUCGUUGGCCAGCAGUGAAGAAGAAGAUGAGGUACAGAUUACUGGGGUUUCCACCCCGUCUUCCAUCAACACUUCUCCAGCCAGUACAGGGGCUGGUGCACCACCCACCCUGUCCCAGCCCCUAUUGCGCCCCAGCUUGCCUUCUGCUCCCACACUUCUCCGCCAGCCGCCUCCUCUUCAGCAAGGAAAGUUUCUGCAGGCCAGGACAGCUCUGAAUCAGCCCCCUCCGCCUUUAAUCCGACCUGCAGUGGCAGCUGCUCGACAGCAGGGCCCGGCUCGAUCUUCCUCCUCGUCCAACAGUGUUACUCAUCUGCCCCCCUCACUCAUUGGCUUACAGGUGGACCCUGCCAGUCACAGCACACACUGAUGAGAUUGUGAGAAGAGGUUGGGCUGCACUGCCAGUGACCUGAGGCUACAGAGAUGAUGCAGGCAAGACUCUCUUGCUUUUAAAGUUGAUGGCUGCAGCAGGGUUUGCCUUUGCUCCUGUUGCAGUAAUGUAGCUUUUCUUUUUUUUUUUUCUGGGCAUUUUCGAGUGCUGAACUCUUCUUUCAUGUACAGCUGAGUGAAAGGCCUCAAGCCUUUUUCCUCCACUGACAACACUGAACCUGCACUGACUUUUUAAUUUUAUGGCAAGCAAGUCAUAUGGGGACUCCUUAGCAACAAGCUAUUGGAAGCACCAUAGCAACCAAGGAACAUUUUAUGGGGAAAUGUUAGCAAGCUUGUGGGCGUGACCUUGGGGGACACGCACCGUCUCCUUGGCAACAUGUCCUUCACCAACCCUUCCUGAAGAUGCAGAGCAUGUCUCUCCUGGCAACGAGAGUGCAUAUGCUGGCAGUGCAGCAAGUCAGUGCAUGAAGAACGCUGCCAUCUCAGGGUUUGUUGCAUUGACAAAACGAAUAGGAACGAGGCUCCAGUUUCCGUAGAUCCAGUGAAAUUCUAGCUAGAUGUGAACAAAGAAGAGCACACUCCAAAAAUGAGGACCUGGAAUAAGGCAGGAUUAUCAAAUAGUUUUCUAAUUAACACUGGCAAUGGCAUGGUGCCCAGCAGAAAUCCAACGUGUUGUGGUCCAAAUGUGACCCCCAGUCUGCAUGAAAGAACAUACAGGCAAAAACAAAAAAAGGAAAGCUGAGACAUUAUAAUACACCUCUGAUUGUCUAACACUGGCAUAAAGAAGACCAACAUAUCAAAUGUGAAUGGGGCCCCUCGUAAGCGAGAGCUCGACGGGUCAGUUGGCCUCCUGCAUAUUCAGUUCAGUAAGGCCCACCUCUGCUUUUUGUGCAUUUCAGUUUCAUGGUUUUGACUCGACUGACUUUAUGGUGCAGAAAAGCUCACACGAUUCCUCCCUUGUUCCCAGCAAUGUCACAUUGUGGUCAGUCCGCAUUAUAUGGAGUGUCAGUGAUGUGUCAGCUUUGGUGGGCACAAACUUUUUUUUUUUUUUUUUUUAAUUCCUAGUUCACUCCAGGACACAGGGGCACAACGUCAGCUGAGGCUGUUUAAAGGAAAGUGACAGCAAAUUUGCCAGACCUCAUCCAGUGCCAGCCAAUUUAAAAAAAAAAAAACGCUUGGAAAGUGGCUGAAAAAGUUGAGGGGGUGAAUGUGACCUACAGGGUCCUGAAUGUCAUUUGUCAGAGCAAAAAAAACGCUGAAGCAAGUGACUGACAGACAAUAGGGCUAGUGACUGUCUGCUGCCACAACUGGAUUUUCUUGUGUAGGUUAAGCUGGGCUUUCAUUUCUUAAACCGACCUAAAAAAAAAAAGGGUCCAAGUAAUCUUUCGAUAUUUUACCUUCUUUGCAGUGCCUCAAAACAAAAAGGAUGUGCGACUUUUUCUUAAUUUGAUGGCCUUCCUGGGAUAAAGACACAGAUUUUGCUUUGGGUGAAAUCCUAGUGUUAAAUGGCUGGGCCUGCGCCGAGCUCUCGCCUUUACAAAGAGUUCUUGUGCCACUUGGUUGGUGCAGCUUCGCAGGAUUGCCUGAAGGCAGAAGGCGGUCUAAUUGUGUGCUAUCAUUCUGUCUGCCUCGUUUCUUUGAACUAGCACCACAUCUUCCCUUCUGCCAAAAAACACUAAUCAAAUACGUCUAGUCCAGACACGAAGGCUGCGCUCAGCCGAGUCGACUGUAGCCUGAAGCUUAACAGUACGGCUUCUCUUCUUUUAAACAGCCAUUACAGAUCAAUUUUGCUGGCGUACCUGAGUAAGUGUAGAUUCAGCCCCACCACCACCACAUGUGCAUUUAAAUGUGUAAAGCACUGACUCUCGUCUUUCCAUAUCGGGUUACUUUUGCAUGAAGGCUAAAUUAGGUGGCCAUUUUCAAAUGUUGGUUCCUAAUUGUGUGUUCCUGUUCUUCUGAACCUUCUGAUAGUCAUGCGUAUUGCUCUAUGGGUGGAGUGAAUUCUUCUUGAUUGUUGUAACAGAUUGCUUGCUUCAUUUGUUGCUGUUCAUUUUGACUGAUGGAGAAGCCUUAGUUUGUCAGACUGUGGCAAAGAUGCAUCAUCUUUAAGCAUAGCCUGCCCAAAACAAUAUGACAUGACAUACGUUAAAAAAUAUUACAGAUAUAACAAGCAGGACACUCGGGCUAGUGAUUCUUUUUAGUGGUAAUCCACAGUUGGGCUGAUUUUCAUUUCAAACUCUCAGAUGAUCUGUCCUUUUGGGACGAAUGGUGAUAAUGACGUUUUCCACCUUUCUUUAGAGCAAACAAGUUUUUGAUAAUGCCGUUAAGCACUUGGAACCACUCCUUUCAAUAAAAUGUAGCACAUAAAAACAUUCCCCCAAAUUAGAAACUGGAUGUUAAUCUAACAAGAGAUUUAUUCACGUGUGUGAUUGUCGGUUUACAGAACCUGUUUAAAUGCAAGAAAGAACGCCAUGCGCUCCAUCUUGACUGCUGUUGUCCGUCUUCCCGCUUGGCACCGAUAGUUAUAAUUAGAGAGUUUGCUAAGCUAACCAGUAGCCAAUGGCGAAGAGUAAGCAGCCAACAUUAAGGCGCUCAUGCUGAUUAUAAGUUUACAUUUGAGAUCUCAUUAGCUCACUGUUUUAACAAAUUGGUGCUAUCUGUCAUGGACUCCAUGUGAACAAAAAGGUAAAAGUGACAAGCGAUGACAAAGAAAGAAGCAGACGAGUCCUUAACAUUCUAAUUUGUUGUCUUGUAGAAGAAUAGGAAAGUAAAAUGACUCCAGGCCGGUGUAUUGCUUGAAAAGUUUUAUUCCAUUGUUGCCUUUGUUUAACUGCAGCCUAAACAUAUGUUGAAUUAUUUUUUCAAUUUUAUAAUAGCAUUAGUGGAGAAAACACUUUUUUUAAGUUAUUACUGUACGUACGCGUGUGUGUUUCGUUUAGAUUUUUCCCCCUAAAUAGUGAAUUUUAAAGGAAAAUGUAUUUUUUUUAUUUCCUCAAUGGUUUUGUAGUGUGUUGAAGAACCUAGUUUCUGACGAUGUUUCUUAGAAAUUUUCAAUAAAAGUAUUUUACUAC